UUUCUUCUAAAAAAAAGUUAGCAACGGUAGUGCAAAAAUUUGGAAAAGAAAAACUUAAUUUCACUUUCACUGCACUAAACAACUAUUUUCGUUUUAAAGAAGAGUCGAAAAAGCGCCAAUUGGACGAAGUGGAGAGUUCAUAAUAAGAACCGUUUGGUAGGCGUGGGGUCGUAUAAUCGUAACACUCAAACGGCUAAUAAUAAUUCCUUCAAUAAAUGCGAUUUCGAUGUAAUGUGUCGCAAAUAACUAGUAAAAAGUGGAAAAGAGGAAUUGUUGAAAUAAUAAAAUGUCAGUGAGUGAUUGAGUGCAUGAUUAGAAGAAAUAGCCAGCAACAGGCAAUAGGUGAGGUGCGGGUGUAUAAAGUGUACGUGCUUCUAGCUGGUGUAAGAGACAGAUAAAAGUGGUUUCUUGACUAAGUAAGCGUACGCAGUGUACUACUGCGGCAACGAAGAUUCCCACGGCUGUAAUAACCUCUCCAAAGUAUCCACACAAAGUACAAAGCGAAAAAAGUCAAGUGUUCUUCACUAGAUGUACGCACUGCAUGUGCAAGUGCAAAGAUUAGCUAGCAAACUACAGCGCUUCUCCUCCACCAACGCACAACCUUCACACCCAUCCAGUUCAUGCCAGCCACAAUGGGAAAUUAUGACAGCGACGGUAAGAAAUCUACACCUUGUGCCAGCUGUAUGGCGGCGCUCAAGUGGAUACCAGUGAUAUUCAUCUCCGCAGUCAUUGCGUGGUCAUAUUACGCCUAUGUGGUACAACUUUGUUUACUAUCCAUUGACAACACCUUUGAGAAAAUUGUUUUCCUGAUUUUCUACCAUAUAAUAUGUGUGCUGUUUUUCUGGUCCUAUUGGAAUACCAUCUUCACACCAGUGGGUACAGUGCCAUCAAAUUGGCGUAUUCCUGAAGCAGAGAUUGAACACAUUUUCCAUGCGGACACACAGGAUCAGCAAAAGCGUAUUUUAGAAAACUUUGGCAAAACGCUGCCGGUAACAAAUCGCACUUUGAAUGGUUCGGUGCGUUUUUGUGAAAAAUGCAAAAUAAUCAAACCAGAUCGCGCCCACCACUGCAGUGUCUGCGGCAGCUGUGUACUCAAAAUGGAUCAUCAUUGUCCGUGGGUGAACAAUUGCGUCAACUUUACGAACUACAAAUUUUUUGUACUCUUUCUGGGUUAUGCGUUACUUUACUGUCUGUACGUGGCCUUAACAUCGUUGGAAUACUUCAUACGAUUUUGGCGGUCGGAACUUUCACAACAGGGCGAUUUGAAUGGUGGCAUGGGACGUUUUCACAUAUUGUUCCUGUUCUUUGUGUCGCUGAUGUUUGCCAUAAGUUUGGUCAGCCUGUUUGGCUAUCACAUCUACUUGACGCUCAUGAAUCGCACGACGUUAGAGGCUUUCCGCGCGCCAAUUUUCCGUAUAGGUGGUCCAGAUAAGAAUGGCUAUAAUUUAGGCAAGUAUGCCAAUUUCCAAGAAGUGUUCGGCGACAACUGGAGACUGUGGUUCUUGCCAGUCUACUCGAGUGUCGGCGAUGGAUUGACGUACACAACGCAAAAGCAGCAUCAGAUGCAAUUGUACGACUCCAUGGGCGAUACCACACAACAAUCCAGCCAACAUCAUCAACUCAUACGCAGAGACUAUGGAAUGCCGGCGAAUGCCGCUGGCGGGACUAUAGGCCCAAUAUCUGCUGCUAACACUGCAACGAAUGGCGCUGAGCCUAACGGGCUGGUGGACAUAAUAUCAGUUAAGCCAGCGCCAGUGGAAAUGACAGCGAGUAACGCAGCCGCAGCAGCGAACGACGGCGACAGCACCGUUAUAGUCAUGCCAGUUUUGGACACUGCCAACGGGAAUGUGAUUAUUAAUAUGAGAAAUGUGGAAACAUGUAACGACGACGACGACGACGAACAGCAGGAAUGCGCGGUUGCAAACGCUUAGAAGAAAAUUGCUGAGAGAAAUCCAACAAUGCCGUAGAGUGCAUUUAUAUUAUACUUUACCUAUUUGUAGCUAUUAGAAUGCGAAGUAAUGGGGCACACUGUGUGGCGAAAAUUAUCAUUAGCAUAAGCGUAUGAAGAGCAGAUUCCUUAAAUAUCUCAAAGUAUAUGCCAGGGAAUUGAAAUAUUCAUAUCGAUUUCAGCAGUCAAUUGCAAUACCGGUCUUAGGCCUUAUUUUUUAAGCAAACCGAUUUAGCGUUAAUAUCAAAAUUUAUACAAAAACGGUGCGCAAAUCCAUAGAAUCCAAAUUCUAUGCUGUAUGUUGGCAACCAAGAUUUGAAAGCGUUUAAGCGCACGAUGACUGAAAUGGUGGCAAACAACUUAUCAGCAGUGGCAGCAUUCUGAUAUUCACCAACAUUUAACACUUAGAGUACGGAGUCUAUUUUAUAACAUAAACGACGGAGAGGGGUAACUUGGGACCCCUAAACGAAAAACUUACCUUAUAAUUAUAAAUAAAUUGAUAAUAGAAUGCCCCUAAUAAGUUUUUAUAUAGGAUUGAAAAUAAAACUCGACUACCUAAAGGGCGAUAAAAAAGGAAGAAAUUAUUUACGAUUAAAGAAAAACUAAUCUUGGGGCAGCUAAAGUCCCACACCCCCGUACUCUAAGAGUUAAACAACGUCACUGACGGUUACUUGAUGUGAAUUGGGCAACUACUGGAGUUCAGUUCCGCGUGAAAUUUUCUGGCAACUGCAAUGAAAUGCGCUCAGAAGUGAAAGUGGAAGUGAAAAUUUCUGGCAACUGCAAUGAAAUGCACUUCCGAGUGCAGAAAAUUAUGAAAUGCACUUCUGAGUGCAGAAAAUUUCACGCGAAAGUGCAUUUCUUUGCAGUUCCCAGUAAAUUUCACGCGGAAAUGAAUCACAAAACCUGCCCGAAUAUCUGAAUUUUUGACAAAACAAAAAAAAACUACAUUCACAUCAGCAGCUUCUGCUUUUAGUCAAAAAAUAUAGAAAAAUAUUUUACUUUAAUGCUACUUUUAUGGCAAUAUAUUUUAGAACUGAAGCAGUGAAUGCCUAAUAAUUUAGUUAUUGCAUUAAAAUCAAGGAAAGUAUAAAGGCAAGAAGCCAAAAUCCCCAUCCGUUAUGCUAAAAAUGUGUGGUUAGAAAAUUUCACCACAAAGAAAAAAAUUUAUAAAUUUUUCUAGAGCGAUUUUGAAGAGUUCUAUUGGUUUUUUGUUGUGUGUAGAAAUUUGCUAACUGCGAUUUAUUCGAGUAACGCGCCGAGAAUGUGUAAACAGAGAACUAAACAAAACCUCACCUCAAUAACAGGGCCGUCGCAAUGGGUAUGUUCCGUUGGUUGCGGCAACAUCAAAUAUUUGACUGACUUCUUUUUACUCUACUACAGCUCAAAUUAAGAGCAGCAUCAAAAUUCGAUUCAUAUUCCAUGCGAAUGCGUAAAUGAGGUGUGAAAGCAAAAUUUAUAAAAUUUAUUUGCAUGACCUCGCGUCUAUGAAUUUUUAAGUGUUCCAAAUGUGUGUGAUGCGCCUAAAAGAUGCAAGGCAAGAAACAAAUUCUUUGUGUUUUGUGAGCGUAUUGAUUACUUGCUAUUGUUGCUGUAAAUUUAGCAAAACUAAUUUUAGAAAUACAAAAAAAAAAACAAAAAAAAGAAGAAAAUUCCUUUACAUAUUUUUUUUAAUUCCUUUCGUAGCUGUGCGUGUAGGCGAAUUGAAUAGUAAAGGUUGCGUUUUCCCAGUUACUUCAUUUUUCGCGAUUUUUACAGCGUACUGUGAUGCCACAAUGAAAGUAUUGCCGCAUAUAGACCAAAUAAAAAAAAACAGAAACAAUUAUUAUAUUUUGUGGUGUAGGAACAGGUUUUUGUUGGUUGUGAAAUGCCAAUUAAGGCUUAUUGAGGUGAACAAGAGUUUUAAGGUAGUAGUCUGGUCAAAUACACAUUUUUUAUAGAUAUUUUUUAGGAUUUUUUUUUUUUUAUGCAAAUAUAAUGUGAUUGUUUUGAUUUUAUAGUAUGUUAUUAUGGACAACAAAUAGUAUACAAAAACAAUUUUUUUUGACAUUUUUUUGUAGUAGUGGGGCACCAAAAUAAGCGUCUGAAAAAAAAGAUAGGUGGCUGUCUACAGGAUUUUUGCUCUUCAGAACAUCUGAAACGAAAAAGUUAAACUAAUUAUCAUUCUGUAGGCAGUUGCUACAAUGGGAAAAUUUUUUUGAAAAAUUUUAUAACAAAAUGGCGGACUUUUGAAAAAAAAGGUAUGUUUUUCGAGUGGAAAUCAGACUGUACCGUAUGGAAAGUUAGGGCUGAAAAGAAACGAAAGUAGCACCUGCCAGAACUACUGAUGUGUGGAAUAGCUGAUGAAAAUUUCAGAUCAAUCGGUUAAAUAGGAUACAUAGAAGACCUACAGGGUCGUUGACAGACCAGAAAACGUUGUUUUGAGAAAAACGCUCCAGAGCGCCCGAACGCCCUUUGUUAAUUGUUGAAUAACUCGAAAAGUAUUUGUCAGAUGCACUUCAAGUUUUCACACAAUAUU